AUGAGAGAAGCCGUGGAGACAGGUCACGUGGACUUUUUCACCACAGUUCAGAAACUGAGACAGAGUAGGAUCAACAUGAUCCAAACCGCUGAUCAGUACAUCUUUUUACACAAGGCAGCCUUGGUGGCCAUACUGUGCAUUGGGACAACGAUCACAUCCACGGAUAUAGAGGCAAGGAUCGCGAUUCUGGACAAUAAGUUACAGUCUGGUAAGACUAAGAUGGAGACAGAAUUCCAGGCAGUCUGCUCCGCUUGUGCUGACAAGGAAGAAGAGAGAUUGUCUGAUGACAACCUUUACAAUGUCUAUGAGAACAGCCAAACUGUGGCCAACAAACUUAAGAACAGAGUUCAGACUAUUCUGCCAAAGGAGAUGUACAGAGCAAAACUGCGAUGCGAGAACACUGAGGUGACAGAUUACAUAAAUGCUGUACUAGUCCCG